AUGUCUAUCCCACAAACUCAAAAGGCCGUUGUCUUUGAAACAAACGGUGGUCCAUUGGAAUACAAGGACAUCCCAGUUCCAAAACCAAAGGAAAACGAAUUGUUGAUCCACGUCAAGUACUCUGGUGUUUGCCACACUGACUUGCACGCCUGGAAGGGUGACUGGCCAUUGGACACUAAGUUGCCAUUGGUCGGUGGCCACGAAGGUGCCGGUGUCGUCGUUGGCAUGGGCUCUAACGUCAAAGGCUGGAAGAUUGGCGACUACGCUGGUGUCAAGUGGUUGAACGGUUCUUGUAUGCAAUGUGAGUUCUGUGAACACGGUGACGAAUCUAACUGUCCAGACGCUGACUUGUCUGGUUACACCCACGACGGUUCCUUCCAGGAAUACUGUACUGCUGACGCUGUGCAAGCCGCUAAGAUUCCUCAAGGAACUGACUUGGCUCUCGUUGCCCCAAUUUUGUGUGCUGGUAUCACCGUUUACAAGGCUUUGAAGACCGCCAAGUUGCAAGCUGGUCAAUGGGUGUGUAUUUCUGGUGCUGGUGGUGGAUUGGGUUCUUUGGCCAUCCAAUACGCCAAGGCCAUGGGUUACAGAGUCGUUGGUAUUGACGGUGGUGAUGAGAAGAAGGCUUUCUGUGAGUCCUUGGGUGCUGAGGCUUUUGUUGACUUCACCAAGAGCAAGGACAUUGUUGCUGAUGUGAUCAAGGCUACCAACGGUGGUCCACACGGUGCUAUUAACGUGUCUGUCUCCGAGAAGGCUAUUGCUCAAUCUGUUGAGUACAUUAGAUCCACCGGUACUGUUGUGUUGGUUGGUUUGCCAGCUGGCGCUAAGGUUGUUGCCCCAGUUUUCGAAGCUGUUGUCAAGUCUGUUAGCAUCUGUGGUUCUUACGUCGGUAACAGAGCUGACUCUUCCGAAGCUAUUGACUUCUUCUCCAGAGGCUUGAUCAAGUGCCCAAUCAAGAUUGUUGGUUUGUCCGAAUUGGCUGGCAUCUACAAGUUGAUGGAAGAAGGUAAGAUCUUGGGUAGAUACGUUGUCGACACCUCCAAAUAA